CUGUCUUCAGCUUCCUGCACGAUCUGCUCCAAAUACUUUCACUUUUCUUUUCUCCGGAAGCCUGGCCCUCACUGCAUGUGGCAAAGCACAGACUUCCUGUUUCACCCCUGGCAUUCCCCUGCUGUUCUCCAAGUCUUCCAGGAGUGAUUCCUGGCUCAGACCCUGGACCGGGAAAGGGACAGAGCAGGUGACAGACCCAGCAUCCAGGAUGCUCACCAUGACCAGGGCCUUAGAAGAGGCUCUUCUCCAGCACUUCAUAUACCAGAAGCUGGAAACUGCUUAUGCCAUAUACAAGCCAUUUCCCUUCCUCGAAAGCUUCCGAGACAAAUCCUUCAUCACGGAGACAAUGUACAGGGAAUCCUUGGAAGCCUGUAGAAAUCAGGUCCCCGUACCCAGAGUAGUGUACAACAUCCUCACCCACCUGGAAAAGACCUUCAGUCCGUCGAUUCUGGAGACGUUGUUCAGCCGAAUUAACCUGAGUGAAUAUCCCAAUCUGACAACUAUUCUCAAGGGCUUCAGAAGCGUUGUCAUUGCCUAUGGAGGAUGCAACAGAGCUGUGCUGACCCCCCUCGAAGCUCCAGCCAACCCAGCAGAAGGAUGCUCCCUCAAGACGCUGCUGCCCCUGCCCCCACCCCAGAGCCACCAGCCCCCUUCGCCCAGUGUCACUGAACCCAGUUCAUCAGCACAGCAUAGAGCUGAGAUCGUGGACGAACCAUCCAGCCCUUCUGACCCUGCUGUGGCUCUCCCCAGAGCCAUCCAGGAAGGAAGGAUCAUUCAAGAAGACCCACAGGAGACAUUUGGCUCUCCCCCCAACACUGUUCAAGUGAUAACAGAUGACUCUCCCGAACCAAAUGACCCCAGAGAGCUCCAGGAGGCAUCCAGCAUACCUCCCAACAAGAAAGGAAAGAAAAGAAAAAGAUGUAUCUGGUCAACUCCAAAAAAGAGACGCCAGAAAAAAAGCCUCCCAAAAGGGAAAGCCUCGCCUCAGCAAAGAAACCAAGAGAAGCUCCAAGUGGUGGAACAGGCAACUCAAACGAAGGACGAUUCACCCAGGAAGUCAAAUGUCAUGCCAAGCGCCCAAAAAGCAAGCGCUGAAAGUGCCCAAAGCUCUGGACCGGAGGAAACCAGUGAUGACUCACCAGAAAUGAAUGAAGAAAAGAGCCUCCAGGAGGAGCCGCCCAGCACAGCACCAAGCACCCCACAUGGAAAGAGGACAGAAAAAUAUAAUCUUCCAUCUUCAAAAAGAAGACAGGAAAGAAAGCUCCCAAGAACCUCACCUAGGCCCGGAAUCCAAGAGAAACUCCAUGCGGUGGAUCAAGCAACUGAAGGGAAAGGUGAUUCAACCAGGAACUCUAAGAUCAUGACAAGGGCCCCAAAGGCAAGGACUGAAUGUGUCCAAACCUCUGGACCAAAGGAGAAGAAAAGGAAAAAAGAUGUUGAUUCAAGUUCAACAAGAAAGUGUCAGAAAAACAUUCCUCCAAAGGAAAAACCUGAAGAUGAAACUGUAGAUUUUCUCUCUCCUGAGCUUCCUGUGACCUGUGGUGAAGCCAAAGGGAUUUUAUACAAAGAGAAACUGAAACAAGGCUCCUCAGAGAAGUGCAUUCGGAAUGAGAAGGGGGUUUGGUUCACACCAAAAGAAUUUGAAAUCGAAGGAAAACGGGCACAUACAAAGAAAUGGAAGGAGACUAUAUAUUGCAGAGGAAAGACCUUAGGAGAACUGCUGGAGAAAGGACUUUUGCUCUGUCCUCCAAGAAGUGUCAAGAGAGAGGAACCAUUCUGGGUCUGCCCAGCACACUUGCCUGCACACAGUGGACGGGACAGCUCUGAACCCAGAGGCACAGGCAGCCUGGGUGCCAGUCUGGCUCAGGGAGAAAAUUCCAAGGAAUGUGAGGUGUGCUGUAGACGCGGACCACUGGUCUGCUGUGACACUUGUCCAAGAGCCUUUCAUGAGGACUGUCACAUCCCAUCUGCAGAGGCAGAGAGGAGCCCGUGGACUUGCACCUUCUGCCGGAUAAAGGAGUCUUCAGGAAGGCAGCCGUGUCACGGGGUAUCUGAGGUCCCGGAGGGGCAGAUGCAGCCUGAGGAGCGGUUGAAAUGUGAGUUCCUCCUCUUGAAGGCCUACUGUCAUCCACAAAGCUCCUUUUUUGGAGAAACCCCACAUAACAUUCGAGAUUAUGGAGAACCCUUUAAGGAAGCCAUGUGGUUGGACCUGAUUAAGGAAAGGCUGAGUGAGAACGUUUACACAGUGGCGUGGUUUGUUCGUGAUGUGCGCCUCAUCUUUAGCAACCAUAAAACAUUUUACAAGGCUUCCAACUUUGGUCAGAUAGGACUGGACUUGGAGGCAGAAUUUGAAAAGAACCUCAAAGAGGUGUUUAUUUUUUGCAAAGCCAAUGAGAACAGCUUCCAGACUCGUUGACCCUGUUCUAGAAAGACUAAGACACCCCAACUUCAGGACCCAGAUGACAUGACCCUGGUCACCUUUAGAUAGCCAGUGAGUCUGGGAUGCUAUUGGCUACCCUCUUGACUCAAAGCCAGAGCCUUCAUACCAUCAGCAUGCCUUCUUUUUUUUUUUUGUUUCAUUCUUUCUACACCUAAAAGUGUGUGCGUGUGUGUGUAAGAUACACCUCUAAUCCCCAGCCAAAACCAUAAGCCUCUUCUUUGUCAAUAUUUCCAUCUCUCUUCUCCCACAGUUAUCUAGUCUCUUUUUCUCAACUAAACUACAGGGAUAAUAGCUUCAGAAUUUCUACAGUCCAACCACUAUGAAAAAGAAACCAAGUUGAAUCUUAAAUUGUGUGGAAAUUAUUUUGUUUCUUUUUUAUAUGUAUAUUCUGUUAUAUUUUGUUUCUGUUAUAUAGAUAUAUAAUUUAUAUAAAUAAAUAUAUUUUAUGUAUACAUGAUAUGUUAUUUAUACCAUUAUAUAUUUCAUAUACCAUUGCAGAGAGUACUUUUUAGAAUUUUGCACUUGUAUUUGUGAAUGAGAUUGGUCCGUAAGUUUCUGUGUACUGUCAAAAUCAGAUGUAGGGCUAUCUCAGCUUGGCACAAGUAUGCCUAAAACUUUCUACCUUUUAUGUGCUCUGGAAUAGCUUAUAAUGUUUUCAAUGAACCAACUCAUGAAAUUAUAUAGCCUACUGCUCUUUGAAGAGGUAAUAUUGACCACGUUCUUUGCUUUUUCAGGGUCAUUAAAUGAUUCAGAUGUUCUCUUGCUUUUUGAAUCAGUUCCAAUUUUAGUUUUCUAAGAAGUCAUUCAUGUAUGUGUUGUUUUGACUUGGCCUUAUUUCUGCCAUAUUAUUUUAUUCCUUCUCUUUGGAAUACUUUCAUGUGAUUUUAGUCUAUAUUUUCUUUGUUUUUGCCAUCUAUUCUGGAAGACCUUUGUAAGAGUUUUUAAUUUUAAUAUUUACCUGCAAGCUUUCCAAAUGUGUUUUUAACUUACUUUUUAAAUGUCAGAGUCUGGGGUGCUUGGGUGGCUCAGUCUGUUGAGCAGCUGACUCUUGAUUUCAGCUCAGGUCAUGAUCACAGGGUCCUGGGAUUCAGCCCUGCACAGCAGGCUCUGAGCUCAGUGGGAAGUCUGCUUGACAUUCCUCCACCCCCCUGCCCUUCUCCCUGCUUGUGCUCUCUCUUUCAAAUAAAUAAAUAAAUCUUUUAAAAGAUAAAUAACUAAAUGUCAGAGCCAAAAAUAAAAUAUCUUCAGUGAGCCACAUAUUUAAGCCAAGGUGUUCAUCACCUCUUAUGCCCCUUGGUUUCCUAAUUCAAACAGGGAAGAAUUCACUAUUUUAUAAUAUAGCUAUUUAUUAUCAUUAUUAAAUGCUUACUUUUACUUUGUAUUAUUUUAGUUUUAUUCAAUUAUAUUAUGUAAAUCAUUAUUUUGUUAUUUUUUACAUUAUAGAAAUUAUUUGUUACUUCAAAUAACUACCAGAAUGGAAAAGCAGAAGUUAAAACCACGAUACCCCAGCUUCAGAACAGCAACAUUAAUGCUGUGAAUCAGUGUCGCUGGUCUCUUCUUGGCAAUGACUUCUCCUUGCUUCUUUUUCUGCUCCUUCUUUCAGUCAGUGUAUCUUUAGGUAAUUUUUUUUUUCAGCAAUUUUAAAAGAAGAGUACACAGGUGGCAUGUUUUCCGAGACUUUGCAUAGCUCUGAAUGUCUUCUCUGUUUUCAUAAAUUCACUGUUGGGCUACUAUACACACACACACACACACACACACACACACACAUAUAUUUUAAAGACUUUAUUUAUAUAUUUGACAGAGAGAGAGAGCACAAGUAGGCAGAGAGGCAGGCAGAGGGAGAAGGGGGAAGCAGGCUCCCUCCCUCCCUCCCCGAGGCAGGGCUCAAUUCCAGGACCCUGGGAUCAUGACCUGAGCCGAAGGCAGAGGUUUAAUCCACUGAGCCACCCAGGCGCCCCUACAAUAUGUAUUUUAUCAAAACUUCUCACCUUCAAAAUCAACUUAGACUUUGGUCCACUGUGUUUGGGCAUUUUCGUCCUAUACCUGUGAAGUGUGCUUCUUUGUUAGUGUGUAGACACAUAGCGGGUUUCCUUGUUUUCUCUAUACUUACAUAUUUUUGACAGGACAGGAUUCGGUAUAAUAUUCUUAUCAUUGAUCUUGCCUGGCACUCUGCCCUUCCAAUAUACAUACCCAGUUAUUUUUUCAGCAGCUGCAUUAAAUCUUUCUGAUCCUUUUGUUCUGGGCUCUCUUUCAAGAACAUCUAUUAUCCAUACGCGGCUCUCUGCUCUCUGGCUUACCUAUUUAUCAUUUAAAAAAAAGAAAAAAGAAGUUCCGGGAAGCACUCCUCUUCUGAGGUCAUCAGUCUAAGAUUUAAAUAUACUUAUUCAAAACAAUUACAAUUCUAUGGUCAAUAUUUUCAAUGAUUUUUUUUAAUUUUUUAAAUUUUUUAUUUUUUUAUAAACAUAUGAUGUAUUAUUAGCCCCAGGGGUAUAAGUCUGUGAAUUGCCAGGUUCAUACAGUUCACAGCACUCACCAUAGCACAUACCCUCCCCAAUGUCCAUAAUCCCACCACCCUCUCCUGACCCCCCUCCCCCCAGCAACCUUCAGUUUGUUUUGUGAGAUUAAGAGUCUCUUGUGGUUUGUCUCCCUCCCGUUCCCAUCUUGUUUCAUUUAUUUCUUUCCUACCCUCUAAGUCCCCCACGUUGUUUAAUGAUUUUUUCAUCAUUUCAAUCAUGCUAAUUGCUCUCUAUCAACCUAGCAAACUUUUCUUAUCACAACACUUUUCUUUUCUCAAAACAUAAAUAAAAACUUACUGCCACUA